AUCUAAAUUCGGAUCCACGAAAACAAUGCACCUACGCCACGUACGCAUCGAAGUGCCGGCAGCGGAGACUUCAACUAAGGCUAGUCGUAAGCUGCUGGCAAUUAUUGCCACGCAUGAGGAAUACAAGGAUAAAUCGCCUGAAGUCUUCGAUGAGGCGAUGGUGUAUCUCCACGGGUUCCCAGACAUGGGCGUGCAUCCCACCAAAGUGGAUUUCGCUUCUCGAGUUCCGGCUAAACUUGCCGAAUUUUGGGUAAACCAGAAAGAUAAGAAAAAAAUCUUCCUAACUUUUAACUUCGGCGGCGUCCCAGGCUCGGACGAUGAACUGCGAUUCACAGACAAACUCAUCUCCCUGGAAGUCGAGGACAUGAUCGUCAAGAAGAGCAGUUCGGUGAAGCAUAUUCAUGAAGGUUUACGGGGUCGCAUGGAAAUGGGCCAGCUCACCGCCGGAACUCUGAUGUAUCCGUUCGAUCUGAACUUGAGCUAUAUGUCCAAGCACGAAGAUAAUACCUGCAACUUCCUCAGCGUUCAACGGCAGCUAGACACUCCAGGUGUCACACCCAUACUUGCCUCUUAG